AUGCCACCAGCAGUGAUGAAUCUGCUGUACCUCUUCAUCCUGCUGGCCGUGUACAGCCCUGCACAUGGCACCUGGGACAGCUGCAGAGGGACCUGCGGGCUCCGGCCCAUGGCCACUGACUACGGCGCCGACUACGACUCUGCUGACUCCAGAAUCGUGACUGGCACGGGGGCCCUGCCGGGGGCCUGGCCCUGGAUUGUCAGCAUCCAGGACCCCAGGAAAAUAGGCACGGGCCAUACCUGUGGAGGGUCCCUCAUCAGCCCGCAGUGGGUCCUCACAGCAGCCCACUGCUUCCUCCAGGCCAGGAACGUCACCAAGUGGCGCGUGCUGAUCGGGGCCACCCAGCUGAGCCACCUGGGCCCCGAGGCGCAGGUGCGCCACGUCAAGCGGCUGCUGGCACACCAGGAGUACACGGCGGCAUCGCAGCGCAACGACAUCGCCCUGCUGGAGCUGGACCGGCCCGUGCAGUGCAGUGACUACGUGCAGCCCGCCUGCGUGCCCAACGCCUCGCUCACCGUGUCCGAGCUCAAGGCCUGCUACAUCGCGGGCUGGGGCUCCGCCGGUGCCAAAGCUCAUGGUCCCAGCGAUGUCCUGCAGGAGGCCAAGGUCCAUCUGCUGGACGUCCGCCUGGUCAACAGCAGCCGCUGGUACGCCGGCUCCAUCCACACCCACAACCUGUGCGCUGGCUACCCGCGGGGUGGCAUGGACACCUGCCAGGGUGACAGUGGAGGGCCUCUGGUGUGCAAAGACAACAGUGCCAGCUACUUCUGGCUGGUUGGAGUGACCAGCUGGGGAAAAGGCUGUGCCAGAGCAAAGCGGCUGGGAGUCUACACCUCCACUCAGCACUUCUACAACUGGAUCGUGCUGCAGAUGGGCCUGUGCCCAGCUGCAACAGCCACUCCAGCACCAGAGCCCCCCUGCACCGCAACCCCCUCCGAGCAGCCAGAGCCAACGCCGACAGAGCCAGGCUGCUCCACUCCCACCCCAUGCACAGAGGAAACUGAAACAGCCACUCCAGCACCAGAGCCAACCUUCAGCUCAACCCCCUCUGAGCAGCCAGAGCCAACACCGACAGAGUCAGGCUGCUCUACACCCACAGAGACACCAGAGCCAGAGGCAGAGCCAGAGCCAGCCUCGACCCCACUCCCCUCUGAGCAGCCAGGGCCAACAGAAUCUGUCUUGCCCGCUCCACGUCCGUACCAGGUCCUGGUGCGAUUCUUAGCUCGGGUGCACCAGAUGCUGCAGGACCUCAUGGGAAAAAGGACACAAGCAACAGGAUGA